AUGCCCAUAUCUCCCCCGCCCCCAAAUCAUCCACUCUCAACGUUCAACAUCAUCAUCAUCAUCAUGGCUUUCCUCUUCAAGGUUUCUGGCUACUUGCAAAUCGCUGUGGACCGUGCGUUCUCGAGGACGCCCUCGCCCUCCCCCACUACCGACAGCGACAAUGGCCGCGAUGGUCUGUUCCAUACCAGCGCGCCUGCCGCGACUCUUCACUCCGAAGGCCAGGAUGAGUGUCCGCCGGCGGGCAUAGAGUCCGAGGACAGUGAUUCUGAAAUCUCCGACGACGGAUCGCCGUUCCGUCUCCGAGGCAAUACGCCUGCAAAUAUUGUGGCCACCUCGAGUACCUCCUUGAGCUCUCGAAAGAACUCCGUGAAGACGAAGGGGAAGCAGAUCUGCUCGGCCUUCAACUCUGCGAAGGGAUGUCCGGCGCCGAAGUGCAUGCUCGACCAUCGCUGUACUGCGUGCGCCAGCGACAAGCACUCCGUAACGCAGUGCCUCGCCAAGCCACAAUAGGUGGCUUCUCGGAGGCGGUGCGCGCCUUCUUGCACUCCAUAUCGGGGGAUCUCAAGAGCUCAUGGACUCAUGUCUGCCGUAAUCUAUAACACAUCCCCAUCGGACCUCUCCUUAUGUCGCAUCUAUUCCUGACGUCCUCGUGCCUCUCUUCUCUUUAUCAAUCCUUAUACAUCACUCUCAGUACAUACAUCUUUCCACCCCGCGUGCUUACGCCUAGCCACGGCCUCGGACACGCUUUCGCAUACCACUUCUAUGGCUUCGACCCCGGA